AUGGAACUGAGAUUCCAGGAUAUAUUCACGAACAUCCUCGGGUUCCAAUCCGUGGCUCAAUUCGGUGCCAAGCAGGUACAUACACAGGACGACGUCCACGACAUAAAUACAGACUGUAGUGCAUUCAUCGAGAUUUUGCCUUCUGAAUUGCACGGUGGUUCCAUCGCAAAGGUAAAGAACAAUCUUGCUGUGAUACCAGAAGACUGGACUAGCGGUAGUGUCAUAUCACCAUGGCACAAUACCCGCUCUGCAGAUAGCGCAUACAUAGCGUGCAUAGCCCAGCUCAAGCAGGCCAACUUCAUUGCUUUUCAUGACGACUUCCUGACCUGGAUCGGCAAAGAUGCAAAGAUGGAAAUAGUCCAGACGUUUGAGGGAGUGGAUGCUGAUCAUGUCCACGAAGCACCGAUCUUCCUUCCUGAUACAAGGGAAUUCGUUUUUGCGGAUACGGCUGUCGUAGGAUGGUUGUGGGGCCUGGACGUUGACAAUCGGAAGGUCCGAAAAAUCAAGACGAACCCACCCCUUCACAACGUAAACGGUGGUACUCUUCAUCAAUCGAGGCUGUAUGUCACGACCAACGGCGGCACCGCUCCUGCUAUCUUCAGUUGCUCUCUGCCUCAGAAGAGCAGGAGCUCAGAGUCCGAGACUAUUGACUGUACACCAGUCGUCAACAAUUAUCGUCUGGCUCACCUUAAUUCACCCAAUGAUCUGAUCUUUACUUCCGCAGGUAACAUUCUCUUCACAGAUCCGACGUAUGGCUGGGCACAGUCUUGGCCUGGUGUAGGACUACCCGAGUUACCUACUGCAUUGUAUCAUUUCAACAUGAAGACCAAAGCUCUUAUCGCUCUCGAUCACGAUAUUUUGCAGCCCAACGGACUAGCUCUUUCAAAGGAUGAGAAGACUUUGUACGUGGCGGAUUCAAACUCGACUUCUGGCAAGCCUAUUGGCGUAUGGGAAGACAGUGUCAGAAAUGUUUAUGCUUUCGAUUUUGAUGAAGGUAAAAUGUUGUUGGGCAACAGGAGACUCGUACACGUCGUCGAACGUGGCUGGCCAGAUGGCCUGAGAGUGGCAUACAUGAAGAAUGAUCGAGAAUUAGUGCUUGUCGCGAGCAUAGGAGGCGUCGAUGUGGUGGACGUAAGUCGUGGAGGUACAGGCACCUUGCUGGGCAAGUUUAAUGUCGGAGACGAUAUCAUCUUCAACCUUGAGCCAGUCACAGGAAGUGCCAAAGAAGGUGCAAACAAAAGUGAGGCCAUAUACCUGUUGACUGGCAAGAAGGCGGUCUACCAGGUCACGAUCUCAAGCUGA